UUGCCGCGUCUGCUGAGCCGAAGCUGCUCGCUUGGCUCAGCCGCCGCCUCCACCUUUCUUCGCGUUUCCCGCCUCGCAGCCCCUGCCCGACUCCAGCCAUGAUUGUGGACAGCAGCCGAGACGCGCAGCUAGACGGCGACUGCGGCUCCAUGAGCAGCCCGUUUAACUUGGCUUUUUUCUACGGAGCAUCUCCCCACUCCAGCGAGGGGAGCUGCUCGCCCACAAACUCCGCUCCGGGAUCCCCGGGGUCCGAUUCCGAGUGCUCCAACAACGGUAGAGGCAACAGUAGCAGCGGCGGAGGCGACAACGACUUCUCCAGGAGGCGCUGUUCCCGGAGCAGCGCGCACUCAGCCGGGGAAGUUGAGCAACAUAUGGGGGGAGGAAAGCAACAGAGAGGACCUUUCCAAGGCGUUCGUGUGAAAAACUCUGUGAAAGAACUGUUGUUGCAUCUUAGAAACAAUAAACAGAUGUCCUCAGAUCACAGUGCAGAUAUCUUAAAGGCACAGGGAGGAUUACAAAAUUAUGACCCAUAUACAGAAUUGAAAAACAUAUUAACUCAUAGUCGGAAAAGAAAAUCUCACGAAUCUCUUUCUGAUGGACCCUGUUACAAAAGAACAGCUACUUUUCAACCUCACCUCUUGACACCUCCACAGACACCAACAUCAAUGGAUAAUAUGGAAGAUGCCCAUAUGAAUGAGCCCAAACAAGAUAGCAGUUGUGAUAUGCUGCAGAACAUAAUCAAUAUUAAGAAUGAAUCGAGUCCAGUUUCUUUGAACACUGUGCAAGUUAGCUGGCUUCACACCAUGGCUAAUCCCAACUCUCCAAGGGAACAAUAUCAAGAGAUUGCUGGUGCACAGGCUUUCUCGCCUCCUCAAAAGUACCAAACAUUUCAAGGUAGCAGCCCUUCACAAAUGCUAGAACUGCCCCAGAAUUACCAGUUUUCUCCUACGCAAGCCCAGGACUUGUCACAACAUUACAGUCAGAAUUCACUUCUGGAGUACAGGCCACACUCUGCAAGCAGCCAGUCCUCUGACUAUCAACAAAAUGUUUUUGAAAGCCAAGAUAUGCAGUAUCAAAGCUUUGCUUCUCUCUUAAGCGAUUCAGAAAGACCAGACAACAUUUCAGCCUCCCUCGCUGAACCACUGCCUGGUACUCAUCAGCAAACUGAUGUCAGUAGCCACCCUCAGCAUUUCAGCCAGCUACCUAAUAAUAUCUGCAGUAGCCUUGAGGAGCAUGGCUUACCGCUGGCUGCUUCAAAUAUGUCUGUGCAACAUCAGGGUAUUGCUACAAACACUGCACAGUUGGGCAAAUCGUUUUUCCAGUGGCAAGUGGAACAGGAAGAAAACAAACUGACCAACAUCUCUCAAGAUCACAUCCUUGCUAAAGACUCUGAUGGUGAUACGUUUCUCCACAUUGCAGUUGCCCAGGGACGCCGGGCAGUUUCCUAUGUGUUGGCAAGAAAGAUGGCGGCUCUGCACAUGCUGGAUAUUAAAGAACACAAUGGCCAGAGUGCCUUACAGGUGGCUGUUGCUGCAAAUCAGCAUCUUAUUGUGCAGGAUCUGGUUGGCCUUGGGGCACAAGUAAAUACUACAGAUUGCUGGGGUAGAACACCAUUGCACGUGUGUGCUGAAAAAGGCCAUGCGCAAGUCCUUCAGGCAAUCCAGAAAGGAGUCAUUGUAAGCAAUCAAUAUGUAGAAUUGGAAGCAACUAAUUAUGAUGGUUUAACAGCAUUGCACUGUGCAGUAGUGGUCCAUAACGCUGUGGUCCAUGACCUACAGAGCCAGCAGUCACACCACACUCCUGAAGUCCAGGAACUAAGGCUGAAAAGCAAGAGGUUGGCAGACACAAUCAAAUUUCUUAUCCAGAUGGGGGCCUCUGUUGAAGCCAGAGAUCGUAAAAGCGGCCGUUCAGCCCUUCACCUAGCAGCUGAAGAAGCAAAUGUGGAACUCCUUCGUCUGUUUUUAGAGCUGCCAACUUGCCUUUCUUUUAUCAAUGCCAAGGCUUACAAUGGCAACACAGCACUCCAUGUCGCUGCCAGCUUGCAGCAUCGGGUGACUCAGCUGGAUGCAGUUCGCUUGAUGAUGCGAAAAGGAGCUGAUCCAAGUGCCAGGAACCUGGAAAAUGAGCAGCCAGUUCAUCUGGUUCCUGAUGGACCUGUAGGAGUUGAGAUAAGACGGAUCUUGAAAGGGAAAACAGUUCCGCAGAGAUCAUCAGUCUAUUAAGCUCCAUAAAUACCAAUCACCCAUACUCGCUGUCAGUUAGGCAGCCCCAGUGUAACUGAAAAUAUACCAUUUGUCCAGUGGAGACAAAUGUUAGUUGUUUCUAUGAAACAAAAAUAUUUUGUUCACUAUGAUAUAGUGGGUUAAUGACAAUUCUUCUGAACAGAUGGGCAUGUUUCAUACCCAGGUACUCUGCAUCAGUCUGAACUGCUCAGAUUAGCAGUUACAAAAAAAGAACUGACUUAGACUGCAAUCUUGGAAAUACCUACCUGGGGAUACGCCCCUUGUAUAGGAUUGCGCAGUUACUGACUUAAUACAGCAGCAUAACAAAAACCAUGAACAAUUGUAUUAUCUUUGAAGGAGAAACUUAAAACACUUUAGAGCUGUUGUUUAUGAUAUGAAGCCUCAGCUUAAGAAUACUAACAUAACAUUUAUAUCAUAGCUUUUAAAAAAAUAGUUCUUGUAUUGGUUACUUUGUAAUUUUUGAAUUGUGAUAAUCUUUUGAACUUCGAUAAACGAUACAGUAAUUUAAAACUUUUAAAUUUGAGAGUUCUGUGUAGAAUUCAAUUAAGAUUUUAUUUUAUAAGUAUUUAAUAGUGUUUAUAUGUUUGUGUAGAAAGGGCUGGUUUUUGUGGAGCACACUUAGCAAACUAGUUUAGGAAGGGAACAUUUUCCAUCUGCAGUUUUCAUAAGCUACAGCAACAGUUCAUAAAAACACAUAGAAAUUGUUUUGAACUUGUGUUUAUUCUUUUUAAAGUUACUCAAAUUAUUGCUUUUACUUUUGAUUGGAAUAGCAUUGGAGAUUUACACCAGUAGAUACAGUUUCUUCCUAUUUUAAUAGUCUCCUUCCACAUAUCUCUGAGUUUCCAGCUUAGCUGACAGAUGUAAGGCAGGGGGCGAGGGGAGGCAGUGUUAUCUUAACCCCCAGAUCUAGCUUGCUGGAGGGGUUAAAAUUAGGCGGCGGAUGAAGCACCUUACCUUGUGAGAAAAUUCUAAAGCAGGCUUCUCUAACCUGGUGCCUUCCAUUUAGCUUCAACACCCACUGCCCAUCCUGCUUGGGCUGAUGGGAAUUAAGAGUCCAACAGUAUAGAAAUAUAAUAAAUAAAAAAUAUAUAAAUUAACUAAAUCUGGAGGGCACCUGGCUGUGGAAGGCUGUGCUAAAGCUUUUGGGGCUUUUAGUUGAGAAAACAAAGAUGACUGUGGGGUGGGGGGAAUGGUAGGGAUUUAUACAGUUAUGUAUAGUGGGGAGAAAGUGGAUAGAGAAAUGUUCUCCUGUUCCCAAAAUAGGUUAGAGGUGGUGGGUAUCACCGAGUGAAAUUAAUUUGUAGUAUAUUUAGGAUAGGUAAGAAAUGUCUUCAUAAAAUGCAUAAUAAACUUAAGAAAUUCAGUGCCACAGUAUGUGCUGAUGGCUACUGACUUAGAUUGCUUUAAAGAAAUAUUAGAGGAAUUCAUGGAGGACUGGUUUUUCAAUGGCUAUUAGUCACGGUAACAUAUGGAGUGUCCAGUCCCAGAGGCAAUAUACCCUUGAAUACCAGGUUUCAAAGGUACUUACAGGCUUCAUAAUGGCAUCUGGCUGAUGGAAGGAUGCUGAGCUAUAUGGACCCUUGGUCUGAUCCAGCAGAGUCUCUCUCCUUAUAUUCUUAUACUGAAUUGAUUCUCUAUUCUUGAAUUGAAAAAAGUACUUCUCAGGGCUUUGCAAAAUUUAGUUCUAUUGUACUGUUUUACCUUAUAGGUAUAGUAGGCAGAUAAAUACCAAUGUUUUUAAAAUGGUAGUAAUUAUUUUUGUGCGUGCCAAAUUUAUAUUUUUACUUCAAAGAUUGUAAAUGAAAUAUAUUAAAUAAUUUUAUGUAGUAAUUGCUUUCAGAAUUACACAGCUUGUUUUUAAGUCUAGUCCACUGCACAUUUACUUUUUCUUGAAGGACUAUCCUGUAUCACAUAUUAUUUUCCAUAGUUCAUCUGAUCAUAUUGUUUGACCAAGUAUGUCUUGUAGACAACUAACUGGAGAAAUUGUAUCUGCAAAUAUUAAAGCAGUGCUUAUUCUUGUAAUUUCAAAUGCAAUGUUUGGAAUAAAGUUAUUUUAAUCAAUAA